AUGAAGAAGUCGCUAAAGAAUAUAAAAUUGAAAUUAAGGAACAAAAAGAGAAAGGGAAACUUCGUCUCCUUCUACGACAGAAUAAAAGAAAUUAAUGAGAAGGAGAAGCUGCAGGCAUGUAGCGUACUCGGAGGCGCGAACUACGACGACGGUUUCACUUCACAGUGGAUAAGUCACGAAUCGAAGGAUGCCGAAGACCUAAGAAGAACGAACUUUUACGCAGCGUUACAGGUGUACCCCCAAAACUGCUUCAACAGUGACUUCAGAAAAUGCUGCAGAGAACUACAGCCGUAUGCGAAAAAUCUAAUGCUCAUUUUGCUAAACAAGGACAAAAUUUUUGGCACCAUUUUGAAGUACAUACAGAAUAGCAAAAUCCAAAAUGACGAAAAUUAUUUCUACAAGUUGUUGGUGAUCCUGAUAAAAGAUUUAAAAGAUGAAAGUAAAAAAUACAUAGAUCAUAUUUUAAAAAUAUUGUACGAUAAAAUUAAUUUCAACAAUCUGGAUUUGUUGGAGGAAAUAUUUAAUACCUACACAAAUAUAUUUCGAAUAAUGAAUAAAAAAAUCAUAAGUAACGUCGAUAGGUAUAUAAAAAUAUCCCUACCACUGUUACAACAUCGAAAUAGUAUUGUAAAAAUUUUCAUUGCAGAUAGUUUUUCCUAUCUUUUGAGGAAAUUAUCCCUACACGACUUAAUGGAAUGCUUUCAAAAGUUAUUUUCCUUUUGCGAUUGUGUGAAAAGGAACAAAGUGAGAGAUUAUUGUGAUACGGUGAGCCUCCUCAUGUUAGAAGCUCUAAAGGUCGACAAAGACAAACUGUCCAGAAAAACUUUACCCUUUUUGAAGUUUAUAAUUUAUUCAUUAUUCCUAAAGGAGACAUAUUAUUGUGAGGAGACACAGAGUCAUUAUGAGCCAAUUGAGGACACACAAUGUAUGCACUUCCUAAAAAAAGCAGUAGCGAUCUUCCUCAUUGAUAUUUAUAAUUUUACGAAAAAUGGGACAUUUGAAUUUGUGGAAGUAUUUCUAACCUUCAUUUUGAGAAACUAUUCCAUCCUGUUUAGAAGAUACUACACCCAUGUGUUAGUUCAGUCGGACCAAAGUACAGAUGCGUUGCAUUUGCUGAUCAGUCAAAGGGGCCCAAACGGGGUCUCCUCAAUUUUUCCCUCUUUAGCCAACGCGGAGGGGCACAGUAGCGAGAUAGUAGCUACUGCGCAUGAUUUGCAAGAUGAGGAUGACGGUGGAUCGGAGGCUUCUCCACCUAGCCAUGCUCCAGAUGGAACACUGGAGAGGAGCUCCGAACUUGGGAGCAGAAGCAGGCACAGCAACAACGACGACCAGUUUUGUGAUGAUCACCCACGCUUACGUAGCAACCAGGCACAAUCCUCCGCGAUGCAGAGGACGGCCUUUUUUGCCAAAGAAAUUUUCCACAGCUGUACGAACUUUUUCCUGAAAAAAAUAUUAAACAUAUGGAUAGAAAGAAACAGCGAACAGAAAUGUAUAAUUGUAGAAACUGCUCUUCGCGAACUGAAUAAAUACGCGCAAGAUGUGAAUCGUUUGAAGUUAAAUUAUGUCUCCUUUUUCUAUGUAUGGCAUAUCUACGACCAUAUGUUCUUUUUACUAAAUCCGGAUAUGGUUUCGAAUGAAGGCAUAAAAAAUAUGUUCAUCUCCCUGGUCAAGGUGUUUAUGAGCAUCAUGACUGCAGAGCAGUGGAAUAACUUAAGUGGUCACCACCCUCUUCGAGACUCCCUCUUUCGCUGUUUCAUUAUCAACGUGGAAGAACUCUUAAGCAGAAAAAAUAACAGCAGCGAAGAUUCACACCUGAACGAUGUUUUGAAGUGCAUAUUUGUCUACAUAGCGAGAGAUGUGCAAAAGGUUGACAUAUUUAUGCGUGUGAAGGAGUGCCACAUGGUGAGCGGACUGAAGGAGGGAGCUGGACCAAGUCACUUGCCCGAAAAGGAAAGCAUGUCUAACAAAAUUGACCCUUACAACAUCUCCGACGAGGAUGCUAAUCUACAUUUGGGAAAAAUAUUCCUCCUGUUUGACAUUUUGAAGAGCACAACAGGAAGGGAGAGUAGGACCCUGGAGGAGAAAGACGAGGAUACGGAAGCGGAGUCUAAACGCAUGCACAAGAAGAAACGACAAAAUGGAGACUUAGUCGCAGAUGAGCAGACCGACAAAUGCAGACCCAGUAGCGAGAGGAGUGCUUUCCACCAUCGGACCGACAACACGCGUAAAAACAACAUCAUCCAGGAGGAUCCCCCAACACAAAUGCAAACAGAGCUUCAUAAUUUAUUUUCCAUCACCCUUGAAAAAGUAACAAACAUACUUGCAAUUUUGAAGCGAACUAAUGAGUGUCCCAAUGUGAACAGUUCAAAACACGUGAAAAACGGGGAAGAAGUUCUAAAUGAACCCGAGAAAAAUCUCCAAACAGUAGUGCAGUUUUUAUUUGCAUACGUCAGCCUACUAACAGAGAUAAGUAGAAUCGACGGGGAUAUACUACUUCUAUGCGCAAAACACAGUGGUAACAAAAGCAAGGAGAACAAUUUUUUUACUCUAUUUGGAGAAAUGUGCGACAUGGUUGAAAAACUAAAAAGUAGGCAUUGCAUAGGAAGGAAACUUCACAAGGAAGACUCCUCUCCCGAUAUGAAUUUUUACUUGAACAACAUCAUACUCGAUGCAAAUGUGAUGAUGACAAUGUUGGCGAAGGAAAUGCAUCAAAACAGCGAAGUAAUCGAAAACGUCCUUCCAAGCAACAACAAGUUCUUACUCAACUGUUUAGACAAGUGGGAUAAAGACCAGGUGUAUGGUGUGGAAUACUUGAAGAAAAUAAAAAACAUAAUUACCAACCUGAACGAAAUGAACAUUUUUGCACACAAAACGGAUGACUUAUAUGCAUAUUUAAAGGCCCUUAAAAAGCUAUUUCUCUUCUACGACAAGGGGAAUAGGAAAGAGUUCCUGCAAAGUAUCCAAUUCGUAGUAGGCAUAUGUAUAGCACUCAAAAGCGAUAAAGGAAGUCAUCAUACUACAAAUGAGAACAACAUUACAUCUGGGGAGAGUAAUAACCCUGCUUGCUACGCCAAACUGUUGCCCCUUUUUGAUUGUCUCAUUUAUUUAGAAAAUGAAGAAUACUUAGCUACGUACGAAAAGAUUUAUGAAUCCAAAAUUAUUGACGUAGUAAAUUAUUUGACCUUUUUUAAAAGCUCCAACAUUUUUAGCGAUUACUUGCUCAAGGUGGCCACAGAAAUAUGUAUUGUCGAAUUGGUUUAUCUGUUAAGUGCUAGCUUGGUGAGUAUCCCCAAGGCAGUUACUGUUCACGUCAGAAACUUCCUACGCUCGUACAGCAUAAACAAACAAAUGGGCGACGAAGAGGGUUAUCACCACCAGCUGGAAUACUAUUUUUUUGUCCUAAACGAGGUAUUCAAAAUGGGUAAGGAAAAGCUGUUCGCUGUGGAGUGGGAGGUGGGCAGAAAGACUGCACCAGCUGCAGAUUCAGCUAGUGACAGCUGUGAGAAAGAGAACCCUGCGGAUGACAAUGCGAAGGAUUUUGUGGAGGAGGUGGACAGGCGAGAGGAUCACAGUGGGAGCGGCGCGAGCCUCCCCUGUGCCACCCCCCUGAGGAACCUCAUUUGGCAGAACAUAGAAGAUAGCGAAAUUAAUAUGCGACAGUAUGUGCACACCCAGAAGAGAAAUGCACCGCCCACAUUGCCAGGAAGCAAACAUCUGAAUGCUGAAAAUGCCCUAAAAAUUGCAUUCGCCACCAUCAAUAUGGUGAUCGUGCCACAAGCAAACAGCCUUAACAAAUCGUACAGAGCGAAACUGCUGGACAUGUACGUUUGGAUAAUGAGCUAUAUUAAUGCCAAUUUCAGGCGCUUCGUCCACGAGUUAAAAUAUUACUCUCUGUUGAAUGUAGUGUUUGACAUUGUUGAGAGUUUAAAUGAGUUGUGUCACGGGCAUGGGGGCGCUGCCCUGUCUGUCACGUCUACGCAGCCACAAGUGGACCAAAUCAUCCACGCCGUAAAGACUUUUGUCAGUAAAUUUGCCCACAGCAUGCACAUUUUGAGCAUCCCCAACAUGAUUAAAUUUUUGCAUAUACUCUGCUCGUACAACCAGAAACUAAACAACUACAAAAACGACAUCGAGGAAAUGCUACUGGAGAAGAACGUCAACAUCACCAAGUUCCUGCUGAACAUAAAAGAGGAAGACAGCAGCAGGAUUAUCCCCAUCUUGAUAAAAAUCAUUUUUUGCAUUUUAAAAAAUAAAAUGAAAAAAGGAAAUAAAAAAUUGAAGAAGAAUAUGAUUUUUUACUUGUCUAACAUUUCUUGCGACAAUUACUGCCACAUCCUUAUAUCUGUAGUAUACCCCUUGGUGAAUGUAUACGAGGGCUCAUUUGACUAUGGCAACUUGCUCAGAUACGGAGACAAGGAGAGGGUGCUGGUCAGUUUUCUCACCAAUUGUCAGGGGCGCUUUGCAGCGCACUGGAGAUACCAAUGUGAUACGCAAGCGGUGACUUCAACCAUUGCUGCUGCUUCUGCAGCAGCGUGUACAGAGGCGAGUACAAACAGUGGGGAAGAAAUUUCGCUCUGCUACGACGACACCUUUAAUCACUCCAGUUGGCACUUCGGCAAUCACAUAAUUGAAAUAAAGAAAGACGCGCUGUUUAAAAACUUCCACUUCAACAAAAGCUUUAGUCUUUUUAUCGAGAUACUCAAGAUCAUGAAGUACAAGCUGGACAGCUACAUGGAGUUUUUUUUCCAUGUCUUUGUCACCAUAGCGCACUACAUCAAUGUAUACCAGAUGAUGAAAAAGAAGGCAAAGGGGAGGAGGAUUUUCCUGGUGGUUAAGAAGAUGGAGAGUCGAGACAAAUGUGGAAGCGGCAAGGUGGGGGAGGCGGCCCACAUAAUUAGCAGCCCCGGCGAAAGUGAGUACAAGGACCAGGCGAAAGAGCACCUACAGAAGUUUGAUCAAAAUUUUGAUCACAAAUUUGAUCACAAGUCUCAUCAGAAGUUUUAUCACUCGUGUGACGAUGACCGUAACCAUGACUUUGAGCGUGCCCCUCCCCGCGAAUACAGCGUCGAACUGAGCGCGAAGAACUCCUAUCUGAAGAACGCCAACAAGAAGUGCAUCGAGAACAUCCAGUUCAUCAUGUUAAACUACGAAAUGACAAAUCGCAAUUUGGAGAAGGCCAAAGAUUUCUUCGCCUUCUUGUUCCGAAAAAAUCUGAAGAACAUAGGCAAACCAAAUUUGUUCCUAAAAAUUCUGUUCGACAUUUGGAGCAAGAAUGAAUCGUAUCACGAGUUCUACGACAGCAUCAUACCUAACUCUUUAUCCGUUUUAAUAAAAGCUGUAAACAACCAAAUAGUUGUCAGCCGAUUAAGUCACAGUGAAUGGAACGCACUCACGGCGAAGGUGUUCGAUAUCGUUUUGCGCCUAUGUGGUUAUGACCAUUUGAGUGAAAACGAUCUGAAUUGGUGUAAAGGGGAACCCCCCAAAAAGGAACAGGAGCUUAUUCGGGGGAGAAGCAAAAAUAGGCGAGUACUACUCACCAUAUUGGAAAAGAGAAAAUGCUCUGACGUGUCUCCUUCGAAAGGCAUGAAGAUAUUGAAGCCGCUCAUUUCGGACAUUAUUGUAUGCAUUAAGAAAACCAUUUUAAGGAGGUACAAACAGUUCCUUGUAGAAAAGGAAAGCGGAACAGCACUCCGCAAAAAAAGCCGAACGGAUGAGUUAAAAAUUAUUAGCAAUAAAGAACUAUACAUUCUAAUUGAAUUAUCUUCCCUGAACAAAAACCAGACGUACAAUUUGCACGUCAUUAAUAUAAUUAUCACCUUCGUGCUUAUCAAUGCCAAGUCGCUACAUAGUACAAAUUCUGACCACGUGCAGAAGCUGAAACUUAUAUUGGUAUCUUUGAAGAGGUUACUCAUUAAUAUAUCAAGGGGGGAAAGUGAGCGCCCAAGGUGGGGGGCCAAAAAGAAACCAAAUUGCAACUUGUCUUGCUAUCAGGAAGCGGCCAGGAACGCCACGUCCCCCAGAUGUGCAGAUAUGUCCCAUAUAGGCAAUGUACAAGAAAAAAAACGUGCGAGAAAAAGAAGCGUACACUCAUCUCAUGUGCACUCCUACCACCAUGCUCAAAAAUUGUAUGUAUGUUUCAAACUAAAAACCAUGGUAUACGAAAUUGUCCAGAGAUGCUAUGACGUAAGUUGUAGAGUCCUGGCCGGGGAUCUCCUAAUUAUGAUUGGUUGCAUCUUUCUAAAAAUUAGAAACAUAAACAGAUAUUUAGAAAAGUUUAAAAAAAAUAUGGACACCUUUUUAAAAAAAACGAACGAGCUUAAUUAUAACUCCAGAGUGGUCCUAAAGGAGAUUGUGAAAAUUCCUUUAAAAAAUGACCAGGCCAAGAGGCAGAGUUAUUAUUACACAUUCCUUCAGAUUGCCCAGAUAUUUUGCGGCCUGAACAUUUGCAAUGAGAGGAGCUCCCAGCACGAAUACGACGCGGAUGUGCAGUUUUUAAUUUUCCUCGAUUUGUGCAAUGUGAAAAUAUCCACCGUUAUGAGGGGUUAUGCCUUGGGAAGGGAGGGGUACCCAAUGAGAAGCCGCAAGAGGGGACACGUAACGAAGGGGAAGAAGACCGAAGAGACGCAGACCGAGGAGACGAAGGCUGAGGGGACGAAGACCCUGGAGACGAAGACACCCCGCAAAUUCACCUUUGAUCACCUCUUUUCAAAUAGCAACAGGUUGUUCCAUGAAAUCCUCGUGAGGCAUUGCUCCUUUUUAAUUUUUAACGAAGCGACUAACGAAAUGGUUAGAGACAAAUCCGUGCAGUUCGUUUUGUUCUUCCCCCAAUUGCUUAAAUGGCUACUGCAAGCGUUUGAAAGUAGCGAUGAAAAUGUCAGUGACCUGAGCAUCGCGCGAGACGUCAAAAUAUGUGUCCACUUCGUAGUUAACAUUAUAAUACCCAAAGCGCUGAACGCACUAAAAAAGAACGUCAACGAUUUUACCAAAAUUGCGCUGCAGAUUAUCCUCACAACUAUAAAGCUAGUUAACCCCCACAUGGACACACUCAAACGAUUAGAUGUUGAACCCUUCUUAAGGGAGGUUAAAAAUUCUCUGGUAAAAAAUUAUGUACUCAAUACAGACAUCGAUUCUUUGUUCUGCUUUAUCCCCGUGAAGGCGAAGAAGAAUGAGAAGACGCACCCCUCCGACCAGGAAAAAACCAACUUUAAAAUGUUGGAAAGGUUGCUAUUUCACGACUUACAUCACAACGUAGUUGGAACGUUCCAUGAGAGUAAGUCUCAUCAAAAGGGGAGGAAAAAUGAAGAAAAUAAUAAACGUAUAUCUAUAAUCCAAAAUAUAAUAGACCUUAAAUCAGAAAACAACGCCAAAGGUGUGGAAAAAUUAGUCGCCAUUACCCCCCUAUUGUGUUACUACACGAUUUCUAAGAUUGUAGUUCCACUUGCACUGAAUUACAUCCUCCAAACGAAUUCAAAAAAAGAAACAUACAACAAAACUCUCAGUGUAAAUAGCAUUAAGCUGCUUGGCACCUGCACCGAGAGGGUGGGCAUCAAAGUUGUUUAUAACCUACUGGAGCUGCUUCUUUCAGAGCUCAAGAAAAACUCAUUUAAUAAGGUAUACAUCGAAAAAGCAGUAAGUCACAUUGUGAGGACGUACGAUUUUAGGGAGUUCCAGGGCAUUCAAGUGGAGCAGAAUUGGGCCCGUCCAGGAGGAGCAGCCUCGGAUGGAUUUCGAAACGCGGACGAGGUAAACCGCGCUGCGGAGCAAAGUGAAAGGAUCGAACUGACAGGAGUCAAAGGGAUAGAAACUGCAGUGAAGGAGCAGCCUGUGAAAAGCGCACCAGGGGUGGACUCAUCUGUGAACAUCGCGCCAGAGGAGAACGCACCGGUGAAGAGCGCAGCAGGGGAGAACGCACCUGUGGAGGCCGAACCGACGCGGAAGAGCAGUCCCAGCCCGCUCUGCUACAAGUUCCUCCGGCGCAUCCUUCCGCAGCUAAAGCUGCUAAUGUUCGACAAAUUCGGGACUAAUGACAAAAAAAAACAAAAGUGCUACAUAAACGACCAAGUCGUUGACUACAAAAACAAGGAGGCAGUGGCCAAGGCCGACCUCGUCAUAUCAUUUUUAGUAAUUCUAAACAAAAUGAAUUACAAUUUUGAGAAAGAGUUACACAAAAUAAUAUACAGAUUAUGUUUCUGUUUGUCGUCCAAAAAUAACAAUGUAAGAAGUGAAUCGAAGAAGACCAUGUGUUUUAUUUCCAUGUACCUCGGUUUGAGGUACUUCGAUUUGAUCAUAAAGCAGAUGUCAGAUUACCUGACCAAGGGGUAUCACGUGCCGAUAUUUUUGUGCACGGUUAACUCCAUCCUGGAGUCUGUGCUAAAAAAGAAGGACAAAUUUUUAGACAAGAAUUACUUAACCAUCGGCAUCAACGCGUUGAACGAUGGGAAUAUCAGCAGAUCCAAGAGGAAGGACUCCGAGCGGUUCAGCGGGAGUAGCGCCACUCCGCAUAGCGGCGGAGGCAGGAAGGCCCCUAUCGCGGUUUCACCACAUCUCACGAACACCCCGCACGACGCCUUCUGCACCAACAUCUUUAACAUGAUCAAGCUAGAAAUAAUAAAAGAAAUUGACAAAAAUACUGAAGAUGUUAACAAGAAGCAUAUAAAAAGAAAGACCAAGGAAAGCAAAAAGAUCUAUGGAAAGAAUAUCAUUAAGCUGUUAACAAAUAUAGUACCCGAAAAAUGCAUCGAAAAUAAUAUCCUCAUAUUUUUAGAAAGCUUAUUUAGUGGGGAGUCUUUCGAAAAUAACCAAGUGGAUAAAAAUUUUAUUUUUAAAAAAAAAUACAUCUUUAUCGUGUCAUCAUACUUCAACAAUUUCGUAAAAGGAAUAGAAGAGAACAAAAGUCUCUCCCCCCAUUUUGUCCUAAACAUUAUUUACAAGCUGUUAACAAAAUCGGUGUAUUUUUUCAGAGGUGAUGAUUAUCAAAAUUUACUCAGUGUUAUGCAGAAUUCCGCCAUUCUACUUUUUAAAUAUAAUGUCUCUGACCAAGCAGUGCAAACCUUUGGAAGCUUCAAAAAGGGUAUCCAAUUCUAUGUGCCCCAGGAAGCAAUCGAGGAGAGGUACCUGGGACUUAAUUAUCAGCAGAAAUGUGUACAUUACCCUUCCAAAGGGAAUAACAAUAUGCAUAUAAUACAGGGGUUAUUUCAGGAGAAAAGCAUUUAUGACGCUAUUGGAAAGACGAAGAAAUUUGAUUUCCAGAUCCUCGCACAGGUGUUAGCUAGGGGUGCCCUCAAGUUGUUAGUUUACGUGGUUAAGCGCUCAUCAGAGUUGUUCACGGAGGACAGAAGAUUAAAAAGUAAUGGAGAUGGUCUCAUAACCGAUGCUAAUGACAACUUUUAUGUUACUCUCCACAGUGAGAGGAGGUACCCUGGCGGAGCGAUCAAAGAAACGUCAACUUGCUACUCCGCGUCCACUACCGUGGAUGAUAAAUCCCUUAGCGAAAAUGAAAACGCUCAGAAGGGGCUAUUCACCUCUAUCGAUAAUGAAAAUGGAAGUGCCACCGAAGCAGUGCUCACCUCCGUGGGGAACAGAACUGGUAACAAAGGGGUAAACCAUAAUCAUGAGGGGGAGGGCUCCUUUUCAAGCUUCCCCGAAUUUAUAGACCUAAUUGAACCGCUGCUCGUGUAUUUCUUUUGCUACGGAAAGGAAGACGUAUUUGUGUUAGCCUCCAAGUGCAUCAAAAUUAUUAAAAAGAAGAAAUUUAGCGAUUUUAAAAAGUUUGGAAAAUUAAUUAUUCUCUCAUCCAUAGAUAUACUAAAAAAUAUCCCCAAUUAUUACAGCAAAGAAUUUGACAAGCUCAUUCUUUCAUGCAUUGACACGUUGACAUAUCUCAUACGGGGCAACAACAAAAAUGAUAUUAUAUCUUGGCUGAAUUCGGAUCUAUCCAGUCGCGGAAAACCUAGUGAUACUGUUGAUGAGCCCAUAAAUGACGACACCGUUUCGAAGAAAAAGAGAAGACUGGAAGAGGGAGCAAACAGAAGGAAUCCCCAUGAUCCGCUUGAAAACACAGCCAAGCUGAAGAAACAAAAGAAGCUGAAUUAUUUGCUGGACGAAAAGGUCUUAUCUGUGUAUUAUCCCCCCCUGGAGGGGGGAGAACAUUUACAGGAAGAACAAGAAGAAUCGACGAACUCUCUACGAUACUGCCUAAUUAACCAGAUUUCGCUGCUACUAGAAAGUAAGAAUCACGUGUGGGAGCUGCUAAUAUUAUUUAAAAACUGUAUGAUGCGGGAAGACAUAAAUAACAUCAUCAGGAAGGGGUCUAUUAUCUUAAAAAUGAACAGCUGCAUUGAUCAAAUCUUCACCAUCAUGAUAGAAGAGUCUCAUAACCUGAAAUUAUCAUUUCUGUGUGGACAGAUUUAUGUCGAUUUUUUGAUGCGCUUUCCAAUAUCAAAGAAGGAAAAGAAAAAGAAAUUUUUCAAAAUUUUAAAUAAUUUAAAUGAUGAAAAUGACGACUCCAGGAUUGCCACUUUGAAUGCUCUCUACGUCUUUCUCAACAGAGCUAACGCCAAGUUAUUAAAGGAGGAAUUUUAUUACGUCACCUUUGCCAGCAUCAUAGUUCAUUUUACUAAUGAGACAAAUUACAAGUGCAAGAAGAUGUACAUUUUUUUGACCACAUUACUCCUCCAACAAGUGAACGAUUUGACCUAUGUUUUUAAUUCGUAUAAAAUUUUAAAGCGCAACUUAUUCUUUUGCGAAAAGGCAUCUAUCACGUAUACCUACUUGUAUUUGCUUCCUAUUUUCUCUUCCAUUUUUUCCGAGCGGAUUGUUUCCUUCGGGCAGAUGAUUCAGAUUGAUGAUAAGCUAGCGAAGGAUGAGCGUAGUUUGGUAUCGAAGGAGCACCAAAAAGACAGGCGCCACAAAAUAUUCCAGCUAACGUUGCAGGGGAGCGAUGUGUCGACGGAAAAUCACAGAAACGGCCAAUCUAGUGCACGUCGCCAAGAUGCACUUAGUGUGGAUAACUCCUCCCCUGAGGAGCACACCCCAAGCCAGAGGCACAAUACCAUUAGAAACUACUUCAUAAAAGAACUAUUAAAAAGCACAAAAAAGUACAAUACUAAGAACACCCCAAAUAUAAGCAGCAGUUUAGUUUUUGCCCCUCCCAGUGAAAUCAUCCUUUUUAUGAAAAGCCAACUAGAAGAUCUGUUCCUAUCGGCCAUGUUUUUUCUAAUCGAUAGGACGUGCGCUGAUGUGAAGGCGUUCAUGAAGGAGGACAAGCUGUCUCUUCAAGUAGUAACCUCCGCGCAAAACAUUACCCAUUUUAGUAGCAACUAUGAGAUAUACGCACAGAUGGACAAGGAUUUAGUGUACCUCUUUUACAAGGCACUAGAGCAGAUUUUUACCCAUAUGGACAUAGACUUGAUAGAAAAUUUGGUGCAUGAAAAACACGCCCACAAAAUGUACAGGCGCUACUUUUUAAAGGAGGACCGACUAGAGUAUCCCAACUUAGGGGGUACAGCGAACAGGGAAGAAGAAGCAAACGGAACAACCGAUGGGGAAGGAGCAAACGGAACAGCCGACGGGGAAGAACCAAACGCAACAGGCAACGAAGACAGCAUCCAUGAGAAAUUAAUUUUGUACUUUCUGUACUUCUGGAAUUUUAUCAUUCAAAAUGGACUGUUCAAUAAAGAUCCCUAUGUGCAAAUCAUAUCGUUGAAGAUGAUGCUAAAUUAUAUAAUUAACAAAAUGGCACGUCCUUUUUUUCCUCUCCUACUGGUCAAGUUGUUUUCUUCCGAUAAAUUUAUUAUCAAUCUGAUUUUAAAAAAAGUUCUUUCUCUCCUCUUAAAUUCAUAUUUUCUCGAACAUUUCUAUAUAUACCAUAGGGAAAUUAGUGUUUUCCUGUCCAAGAUUUGCGUGCUAUUGGUUAACUUCCCGUGGAUUACCAACGGGUUUGAUGACCAAAGUGGUAGCAAAGGAGUAGCGCGUGAGAGGUACUAUGCGGAAAAUCGCGGCGAAGUGAAAGGGUUGUGUGUUUCAUCCUGUGCUAAAGACACCGACCAUUCACAUGUCACCGGUGCUCCAAAUGGCCUUGCCCAGGAGACUUUCACAGGAGGAAGCCAAAUGGACAACCAUUUUAGCGGCGCAAGUGAUGUCGAAGGAGACGAAGAAUUCAAAAAAGUGAACAGAAUUUUGGAGAAGGAGCAGAAUGAGCAAGAUAAAAAUACUUCUUAUGAUCGGGUUGGAACCUUAAUGAUGCCAAAUUUGAAAAUGACCAAGGAAAUGCUGUCCUACAGCAAAUUUUUCCUUGUCAUCGUUACCCUCUCACGUUCCAUAAACAUCCAUUUGAUAAACAAGAAAAAAUCUUUUGUCAGAAUUCUAACAAUUUUAAAUACGUACAGAAAUAUAAUUCAGGAUUUCCCCCCAGAUCUCUGGGCCCUCGAGAAUGAGAUAAUUAAUAUCGUCCUCCCCUCCCUAUACAAAGUAGCUUCCAUAUUUAAAAAGAAAUACUUUGUCGAGGAUGAAAACAUUUUCGAAGAAGUGAACACGUACAAUAAGCUCCUUUACCUAUCGAGCUACGCGUGGGACAUUAUUUCUCUUCUGGAGGAAAAACUACAAAACGAUAGGGCCACUUUUAAUAAGGCCUUCAUUCAAGCGAGACAGAGGAUCAACCGAAUUAGGUUUAUCAAAAAAAAAAAGAAGAAUUUGUUAGCCUUGAAAAAUCCAAAGUUGUUUACCCUUAAUAAGUCAAAAAGGAGGGAGAAAAAAAAAUGGAAAAGAAGAAAAUGA